AUUGACACAAACAAAAGCCAUCAGUUGACUAGUACAAUAUGUACAUUUUGACACUAAUUAUAUAACAAAAUAGAAGGUCUUGGCAAUUUCGGGCCAUUCACGCCUAAGCAGAUCAAUUAAUGCGCGAAUCACGAUCACCUGUUUUGCCGACGCGCUCAGAAAUCCCAUCUAUCGAGCGUUGGUUGCCGACUCACAAAGAAUUUCAUUAAGCAAAUGCAAACAAGUGAAUCUCAACUGGCGAAAUCCAUUGACAUCAAGCAAGAUGAACUUGUGACAUAGCCGCUCGAAACAGAAUGCCUAAUAGACAUGUGUUUACUGUGUAUGAUCCCUUAGCAGAGCUAAAGAAACAUCAUGCAAAUGUCUUUAUUAAACAAUAUACAAUGGCGGAAAGACCAAGAUUUCGACGGCAAAGAAGCCAAACAGUUCCCAGUAUUGGUAACGUACAAGUGAAAAACAGUUCUAGCACUACGAGCAUCAGCCAAGCUAGAAUGACACAUGUUCCAGUACGACAAACAAGGUCUUUAGAUUUUACGAUACCAAACAAAACAAGGCCUCGUUCAUAUGCUACUGGCCAACACACAGUUUCUUUUUCGGGAAAUGCAGUGGAAACAAACACCAAAAGAUUUCAUGGUCCUCGUCACUCGCUCUCUCAUUCUAAGGUUUCAACACUAGACUUACCAAUUCGCAAAACGAGUAAAGAAGAAUCCGCAACAAUUGCCACGAGACAAACCAAAUCAAAAUCAAUCCCUUUUGAUGAUAAGAGCUCUAUUUAUUCGAUCGUCAAGACAAGGUCUUUGGCCCUGAAGUGGUACCGUGGGAAUACCAAGACCACAUCAACUAAACCAAAACGAAAGAAAAGUGAACCGCUUCCAACAAUCAACGAUAAAGAAACAAUUUCUUUGUGCCAAGCAAAAUGCAGUCCACAGUUUGCAGAAGCAAUGAAUUUACUUCAAAACGAUGACAAUCCUAUCGAGGAAGAUAUCGAAGGAGAGCUUAGCGUUUUGUGCUUGGGAUAAAGCCAGAUAUAUAGAGUUCUAUAGAUCGCAAUAAUGUUACAUAUGUACAUGCAUUAAUAUUUAUCAUCAUUACUAGAUAGUCUUCAAACUUACUUCUCCUAGUAAUACCCCCAGACUAAUAAGGGUCUCAGUGUUCAGUGUAGUGUUGCUGGUAGCUAAAUAUUACUAGUGUUACGUAUUACUGGUAUUGCCAAACUAUCCACAAUUAAUACACGAUUACAACGAAAAAUUUCUUGUAAGAAAUAGUAACCAAUAAUAAUAAUAAUAUUUAUAGAAUUUGUACGAGAUAUCUGUUCAAAAAUAAUGGUCCUUAGUUAAGACUUGCCUCAUCUCAGAGCAGGUCAAGUUACCGACCCCAGGACGGUACAUGUAAACCUAUUUUUAUUAUUUGGGAAAUGAAUAUUGAUGAAUAUUGAUGUAUAUGGGGUAUAUUUCGGGCUUGAAGAUUAUAUUGAUGUUAAUCUA